CCCCAGACUGGGGGCGGCCAUCGCCCGCCCACAAAGGGCGGAGCGGCAGCCUCGCUCUGCUCGCUGGGACAAGAUGGCGGCGGCCGGGGUGGGCGCCGGGCGGAAGCAGGUGCGGCAAGAGGAGCUGCGGCGUCUCAUGAGGGAGAAGAAGCGACAGAACGCGGACAAGAAGCGGAUCGAAUCGCCUUUCGCCAAGUACAACAGCCUGGGCCACCUGAGCUGCACGCUGUGCAGCGCGCCCGUGAAGAGCGAGCUGCUGUGGCAGACUCACGUCCUGGGAAAGCAGCACCGCGAGAGAGUUGCAGAAUUAAAGGGCGCAAAGCAGGCAGCGAGUGGUUCAGCUGCUGGUGCGUCGUCGCAGCCUGUCAAGAGAAAAACUGCCGAUGCAGAAAGCACACAGUUAAAGAAAACAAAAGGUACAGAUGACAAGCCACAUACAUCCACAUCUGGGCUACCAGCAGAUUUUUUUGAUGAAGCAGAGCAAAGCAAUGCAAACAAACAGUUUUUGAAAGGUCCUGGUCCCAGUUUAUUGUCAGGAAAUUAUGAUGAUGAUGAUGAUGAUGAUGAUGAAGAAGAGGAACAAGAUCAACCGAACAAAUCUUUUGUUAUGCAUAAAACUGAAAUUCCACCUCCAACUCGAGAAGUAAUACCUAAUUCUCUGCCUGCAGACUUCUUUGACAGCAAAACUCCUGUAGUUUCACAUUCAGGAUCCAUACAGAAACCAGAGACACAAGAGAAGGUAGUAGAACGGAAAGAGAACACUGCUGAGGCUUUGCCAGAAGGGUUCUUUGAUGAUCCUGAAGUGGAUGCAAAGGUGCGAAAAGUUGAUGCUCCAAAGGAUCAGAUGGACAAGGAAUGGGAUGAAUUUCAAAAGGCAAUGCGACAGGUCAACACAAUUUCAGAAGCAAUAGUGGCAGAAGAUGAUGAAGAGGGACGACUGGAUCGUCAGAUUGGUGAAAUUGAUGAGCAGAUUGAAUGUUACCGUCGUGUUGAGCUUCUGCGCAACCGCCAGGAUUUGAUGAAGGAGAAAUGUAAGGAAGCCAUGAGAUUAAGAGCAACACAGGAGAAAGAGGAUGAGGCUAUUGGUAGCGAAGAUGAAGAAGAACUGCAGGAUUUGCUGUCUCAAGACUGGCGGGUGAAAGGGGCUUUGUUGUAGUAUUUUUGCAGCAUGGCUGAUCAUCACUGUUAUUUCCAUUAUUAGAAGUGAGACGUCUUUGUUAAAUAUUUAUUUAAAGAAGUUUGAGAGAUGGUAAAGAGCCAACUGUGUAAUACAAAAGAAACAAAGAAAGAAGCUCCAACCUUUGUAGAUCCACAAUGGUGUAUUAAUGUAAAAAUUGUAUAAUGCAAAUGUUUUAUGAUAUUCAAUGUACUUUUCUUAUUAAUAAAACUGAUUUCCGACCAGAGCUAUUUUAAUGGGAUUAGUAAGUAAGCGAAGAAUCUAGCUUUUGCUAACAUUAGAUAUGUGGAGACUUGGGCUAUUGUGUAUAGAAGUACUGGACUAGCAGAAGUGACAGUUUACAGAGAUUUCCCAUGUGGAGUAGGUAGGGAAAAAAUCUUAGGCAUCUGUCAUCUGAAAAGUUCAUAAGCUCUCUUCUCUCCAUGGCCCCACCCCCUUCAAUAAAAUGUUUGUUUUUUUCAGGAUCUCUUACAAUUUUUUCUGUAUAUGGAAGUGCCAAACUCAGAAAUGUUGAACUACAGCUUUUCCACUGUGGUGGUUAGUACUGAAGACUUUUCUUUAUAGUAUCUUUUGCUUAACAAGGCCAUAAUAUGGCAUACUUCACGUACUUUGAACCAGAGGGAUGGGAACACAAUGCAACUUCUUGCAUAACCAAAUAUUGAAAGUGUAAGAAAAUACCAGAGAGGAAGAUAACUGCACUGAAAACUGCUAAGAUGAAGUGAAAGCUGAGAAGCAAAAGAUGCGACAAAGCUGUGACAUGGAGGAGAAACAACUACCUUGAACUUUGGUCUAUAUGCACAUCUUGGAUAUAUCAUAGUUCCUGGCUCACAAUCAAGACCCAGAUUCAUUGCAGCUCUUUGCACCCUAUUUUUCAAUGCAAACAAGAGCAUUAUACUGCACAGGUACCCAGCGAGGGUCAUGAAGGGAACCCCAAGAAACCUACAGAAAAAUUGAACAAAACUUUGGUUGAACGAAGUGUACGCGCCCCUUAAGGUCAUGGGAUUUAUUCUGCUGAUUUCAGC